AACAUGGCUGCGCCCAGGUGAGGUGACGUGGGAGUGGGUACCCGCCGCAGCUUUCAGGGAUAAAUUGGAGAAGCUGGUGAAGGCGAGAGCGCCCGCGUGACGAGACCCCAGCCAGAGUUGAUGCGGAGUAUUGCCAUGGAUAGCAACCAUCAAAGUAAUUACAAACUCAGUAAAACUGAGAAGAAGUUCUUAAGGAAACAGAUGAAAGCCAGGCAUACUUUGCUGAGACAUGAAGGCAUUGAAACAGUAUCCUGUGUCACUCAGAUCCUGGUUGUUGCCAAUGGUGGUUUGGGUAAUGGCGUGAGUAGGAACCAACUGCUUCCAGUUUUAGAGAAGUUUGGACAGGUGGAUGCUCUCUUAAUGCCUCCUAAUAAGCCCUACUCAUUUGUAAGAUACAAAACAAUAGCAGAAUCCAAGAAAGCCUAUGUUACUCUCAACGGAAAAGAAAUAGUGGAUGAUUUAGGACAAAAGAUCGUUCUAUACUUCAAUUUCGUGGAAAAAGCACAAUGGAAGGAGUUGGGGCUUCAAGCCUUACCUCCAGGCCUCAUGGUAAUAGAAGAAAUUAUUUCUUCUGAGGAUGAGAAAAUGCUUUUGGAAAAUGUUAACUGGACAGAAGAUACAGACAAUCAAAAUUUUCAAAAAUCGUUAAAACACAGAAGGGUAAAGCAUUUUGGUUAUGAAUUCCACUAUGAGAACAACAAUGUAGAUAAAGAUAAACCAUUACCUGGAGGUCUUCCUGACAUUUGUGAUAGCAUUUUGGAGAAAUGGUUGAAGGAAGGUUUUAUUAGAUAUAAACCUGAUCAGUUGACCGUAAACCAGUAUGAACCUGGGCAUGGAAUUCCUGCUCAUAUUGACACACAUUCUGCUUUUGAGGAUGAGAUUGUUUCUCUCAGUUUGGGGUCAGAGAUUGUCAUGGAUUUCAAGCACCCAGAUGGUGUCACAGUGCCAGUGAUGUUGCCUCGUCGGAGCUUGCUGGUGAUGACAGGAGAAUCCAGAUACCUUUGGACCCAUGGAAUCACACCCAGGAAAUUUGAUACUGUUCAAGCAUCUAAGAGUUACAAAAGUGGAAUUAUCACAAGUGAUGUUGGAGACUUAACUUUAAACAAGAGAGGAAUACGGACAUCGUUUACAUUUAGGAAAGUGAGGCAAACACCCUGUAACUGCAGUUACCCUUUGGUCUGUGACAGCCAGACGAAGGAGCCUCCCCCAUCAUUUCCAGAGAGUAAUGAAGAAGCCUCGCAGCUGGAGCAAGAAUAUGUCCAUAGAGUUUAUGAAGAGAUCGCCGGGCACUUCAGCAGCACGAGACAUACCCCUUGGCCACACAUCGUGGAGUUUUUGAAAGCUUUGCCAAGCGGUUCGUUAGUGGCUGAUAUUGGAUGUGGAAAUGGGAAGUAUCUUGGCAUCAAUAAGGAGUUAUAUAUGAUUGGCUGUGAUCGUAGCCAAAACCUUGUGGACAUUUGCAGAGAGAGGCAGUUUCAGGCCUUCGUCUGUGAUGCGUUGGCAGUACCCAUCCGCAGUGGGUCCUGUGAUGCCUGCAUUUCCAUUGCUGUUAUUCACCAUUUUGCAACAGCAGAGCGCAGAGUGGCAGCUCUCCAAGAGCUUGUUCGACUCCUGAGACCUGGUGGAAAGGCACUCGUUUAUGUCUGGGCAAUGGAACAAGAAUACAAGGAGAAGAAGUCCAAGUAUCUCAGAGAAAACAGAAUUGGUCAAGGAAAAAAAGAAGAGAUCCGCAAUGACGCAUCAAUGCAAGAGUUGCUUGUGGAGCAAAUGCCCGACUUGGACAAUCAAGAUUCAGCAAGUUCUGCCCCCUGCAUCAGUGACUCUCAGAAGGGAGGAUGUAAUUCAAGGAAAGUUACUAAUUCCGAGCUGCCUAUUCACAUUAACAGAACUUCUUUUCAUUCUCAAGACUUACUGGUUCCCUGGCAUCUUAAGGGAACCCCUGGUAAAGACAAACCUACUGUGCCAUUUGACCCAGUAGGAUCCCAUGACCCAAGUCCUGUGUUUCACCGUUACUACCAUGUGUUCCGUGAGGGUGAAUUGGAAGCUGCCUGCCAGACUCUGAGCAAUGUCAGCAUUCUGCAAAGCUACUAUGAUCAGGGGAACUGGUGUGUGAUUCUUCAGAAGGUCUGAUUAUCUUUAUGAACAUAUCGUAUACAGGGAAGAAAUAGCCACCUUUUUUUAAAAAGGAGGCUAAAUUAACUGUCCUUUUAGUUAAAGAGAAUACUUGGAUAAACGUACUGAAGGAAUGCACCUAAGAGAAAUUUGGAAGCAGAGAUCAGUUAGAAAACAGUGUGUUACUAUUGCUGACCUCGUUUUAUCCAUAAAUUAGGCUUCUCCUAGAGGGAGGAACAGGGAUGGUUUUUAAAAUGAUCGAAGUAGUUCGUGAAGUAUUUGGGAUCCUGGAGUAAGAGUACAGCAUUUUGAAGGUAAAUUUUUUGUUAUAAAUGUUACUAAAUGCAUUAAAUUAUGUAGAAUCAUAGUGAAGUAAUCAUAUAACAUUUUAAUAAAGAACAUUCCUGUUUAGUAAAAAAUUAUCUGAAAUUUUAUCUGUGAUUGUUAGCGCCAUAAAAAUCAUAGAGGAAUAACACUCUAUCACCAGACCUUGCAAGUAUAGGGCUUGACACAUAGUAGAUACAAUUUUAGUCACUCAUGUAAUACCCAUAUGUCAGUAGGAGCUUCAUUCUACAAUUAUUUAUUGAACACCUACUAUGUACCAGUUAGUAUUUUAAGUACUGAGAGGGGAGCAGUGAACAACAAAGAACGAAGCCCUUGCCCUCAUGGGGCUCACAUUCUACAAGGGAAAGCAGGCAAUAAGCAAAUAAAUAAAUAAGUAAAUAUAUGCUACAUGCCAGAUAGUGAUAAAUGUCAUGGAAAAAAAUAAAACAAGAGUGGGGUUUUACCUGGCAACAAAAGAUUAAUUUUAAAGUGCUGAAGUAACUACUAAUCCUGGCUGUAGUUUAUUACUUGGAUAUUCUUAAUGCAUUGAUUUCAGUGCUGAAGACAACCCAAAUAUGCUCUUUUAACUCUUUUAUUUAAAUAGAAAAAGUAAGAAUUGUCUGUCAGACCUAAUUAUAUGCCCUUACAGCCAAAGCUAUGGUGUUAUUAUUGGGUAUUUCUAGUUCAUUAAUAGUUUCUUUUAGUCCAGGUGCAAUCAGGUUACUUUUUACCUAGAAUAAUUUUAUAGUUACCUAGUUUACUUACCACUUAGGUCAAGUUUGCAGGAGGAACAAAGGUAGGAAGUUAACCAUAGGUCAAAUUAUCAUGCAGAAGGGAAAGUGGUUUUUUUUAAUACUUUACUCCCAGCAUGCGUUGCUUUUAUAGUAGUAAUGCUUAAGAUUACUAACAUUCACAGAAAAUUGCUUUCUGUGAAUGAGGGCUGCCUAGACAAUUACAUAUCUUGUUACUAAAUGUUAGACUAAGUGUUAGUAAUACUUACCUUUAGGCAUCAAGCUUUCAGAAACCGGUAGUGAUCAAUAGUAGGCCUUAGAUGAGACAAUGAUUAUUUUUAUCAUGGAAUUUCAGUACAAGAGUAUAAUUGUUUCUUCCAGGUGAGUUAAUAAGGUUUAUGAUGUGGGAAGAAAGAGUAUAGGGCUAAAAAUAGUUUUAUUUCUGGUACAAAUUCUAAGACUUUAACUUUACAUCACAAUUUGACUGAUGUUCAACUCAUGUUAAAUAAAUUUUAAAAUUUAGAUGAAACAGGUGAUUUUCUAGGAAGAUGGCAUAUACCAAAAUUAACUCAAGAAGAGAUAGAAAAUUGAAGAUGUUGAAAAAUAUUAAUAACAUAAGAAUUCAGAACUUGGCUCUUGAAUCAGAUUUCCCAAAGUCGAAUUUUAGAUCUGCCAUUAUUGGCUGUGGACUCUGGGCAAAUUCUUUAACUUUUCUAUGCUUUAGUUUUCUUAACUGUAUAAUUAGAAAAGUUGUACAAAAAUUAACUGAAAUAAUACCUGUAGAGCUCUUAGAAUACUGUAAGCAUAUAGUAUGCAUUUAGGAAAUGUUUAUUAUUGUUACUCCCAAAGAAGGCUCACCGGAGUUUUAGGUAUUGAGUGAUGUCAAAUCUAAUUUGUUAAUUGUGUGAUAAAAAUCUAAGUUCUUACUGAU